AAUCCCUAAUUCAAUCUCACAUUCUUCAAUUCCUCUCUCAACUCAUCGUCAUCGUCGUCGUAAUGGCCACCGCCGCCGCAACCUCCUCCUUCAUUGGAACACGCCUCGCCGAAUUGCGGCCGUGUUCUGGUCGAGUCCAAGCCCGAUUCGGAUUCGGUAAGAAAAAGAGUCCGCCGAAGAAAUCGCCCUCGUCGAAAACAAUAUCCGACCGGCCGCUGUGGUUUCCUGGGGCGAAGGCGCCGGAAUGGCUGGACGGAAGCUUGGUCGGAGACUACGGAUUCGAUCCGUUCGGACUGGGGAAACCGGCGGAGUAUUUGCAGUAUGAUUUGGACUCGCUGGACCAGAACUUGGCGAAGAAUGUGGCGGGAGAUAUAAUCGGGACUAGAUUUGAGAGCGCGGAAGUGAAAUCGACGCCGUUUCAGCCGUACACGGAGGUUUUCGGAUUGCAGAGAUUCCGUGAGUGCGAACUGAUCCAUGGAAGAUGGGCAAUGCUGGCUACACUCGGUGCUCUCUCUGUUGAAUGGCUCACCGGUGUCACUUGGCAAGACGCCGGAAAAGUAGAAUUAGUGGAAGGUUCAUCGUACCUAGGGCAGCCACUUCCUUUCUCCAUCACCACAUUGAUCUGGAUCGAAGUUCUAGUGAUCGGCUACAUCGAGUUUCAAAGGAACGCCGAGCUGGACCCUGAGAAGAGGUUGUACCCAGGAGGCAAGUUUUUCGACCCCUUGGGGCUGGCCGAGGACCCCGAAAAGAAAGUCGUGCUACAAUUGGCCGAGAUCAAGCACGCUCGCUUAGCCAUGGUUGCCUUCCUCGGGUUCGCGGUUCAAGCCGCUGUCACCGGCAAAGGCCCACUCAACAACUGGGCUACCCAUCUCAGUGACCCUCUCCACACCACUAUUAUUGACAACUUCUCUUCUUAAGCUCCUCUAUUUUUUAAGUACUCGUGUUGAUUAUUGUCCUCUCUUUAGUUUGUAUAAAAAGCUUGACCGAGUAAUGUGAUCCUGAGCUGUAAGUACUUUGCUUCGAGAUUCGUAUGUGAAAUUAUAUCAUGUUACGACACAUAUCAAAAGUGUUAUCGAUUUAGUUUUACAA